AUGAAUAAAAUUGUGCAAAAAGUGACAGCUGCAAUGAAGAAUCGAAAAUCUAGCACAACGCAGAAGAGUACGAGUAAUGAGAAAGAUAACAUAAAAGGCAAAAAAGAUCAACCGAAAACAGCAGAAAAAAAGCAAAAAAAAGCGUUUUUUAAAAUUCUUGGCAAAAAGCAAGACGAAUAUUCUAGUUCGUCAACAAAAACCCAACUAAGUAUGUUGGAUGAAUCAACAGUAAGCAAAGAGAUGGAAAAAUUGAAGAAAGAAUUGAAAGAUGGAACAGCACGUAAGCAGGUAAACAAAUGGAAUGAUUUAUUGUUGGAUAAAGGAGUAGCUGGAUUAGAAAUGGAAUUGGAGAAAAUGAAUAAAAUUGUGGAAAAAGUGGAAACAAAAGGAUUUGAUGCUAAUGAGGAGCGAAAUUUUAGCAAGACUGUAAUAUGCCAAGAUAAGGGUCGAGUCUUAUUAAGAAAUGAUACAAACAAUUACAUCCAUGCAAAUUAUAUAAACACACCAAAAUUCACUAAACAUUUCAUUUGCACGCAACGACCAAUGCUAACAACUGCAGAAUCAUUCUAUAAAAUGAUUGUGCAAGAAAAAGCGCAAUGUGUCGUGAUGCUAUGCGCAUUCACUGAAACCACUGAAAAAAAUUGUCCACCGUACUUUCCACAAUCAUUCGGAGAGAAACCAAUGAAAUUUGGAUCUAUUACUAUUAAAUGCAUUAUUACGGAGAAAAUGAAAGAGGAAGCAGAUAUAACAAUUACGACAUUGGCAAUCACUGAAGUUGGUAAAGCGCAACUUAUAGUUAAACAUUAUCAUUGGAAAAAUUGGCCUGAAAGAGGCUUUUCGGAUCCGUCACUUACGGUUUUCAAUUUGAUAUGCGCAAUUCGAAAUUUCAAAAAACCAAUCGUUGUGCACUGUUCUGAUGGUAUUGGCCGAAGUUGUAUUUUUGUGGCCAUUGAAUACACACUGCAGAGAGUGCUGCAAGGUAGAAGCUGCGUUGAUCUGAUAGAAGUGGUGAAGGAAAUUCGAAAUCAACGUGCUAUGGCUAUAAGCACUCCUACGCAAUACAUUGUGCUUAAUCGUUUGUUACUUCAAUUCUUUCAUGAACUCAAUAUCGUUGACAUGUCACAACGUUUACUCGAAUUUAUUGAUGAUUACGAUGCAUAUGCAAGAAGACAUAAAGACGAGAAAUGA